AUGUCCUCCACUACUGUGCCUGUGCUCAACCUCAACUUUGAAUUGUCUGGGAUAUACGAAAGGCAACCUUAUCGACUUUUGUGGGAGGAUAACAUUAAAAUAAUUGUAGUUAAAACAUUGGCUAUUUCUUCUGAUUCUCAUGACUUACAGUUAACAAAAUGCAUUUUGCCUUUCCUGAUAUUUUUUAAUCCGGAUGAUUCAGCGACGAAUGUACCCAGUUAUGGUUCUGUUGAUAGUCCCAUGUAUGGGCCUGUGUAUGGAUCCAUAAUUAAAAUAAGUCAGUUUAUGAAUGUGAACUUGCUUCCUCGCACGUUAGCUCGCCCAUUUCCUGCAAGUUCACGAUCGGAUCGAGAAUAUCAGCCAAACCCAAAGAUAGCCCUGGCUCGACCCAAAGACUUAAAACAUCAGGCAAACCUAAAAAUCACCUGUGCGGUUCACGGCUCAACCCGAAAAUUAUCUACCACGUCAUUCUCUAUACUUUUAGCAAAACUAAGAACAAAGGUAACAUUCUAUCAAUCGUUGAAACAACUCCAGCUCACACGCGUUAAGGAAUCCAAAAAUAUUCCUCUUUUUUUGAAGUAUUCGUGCAGAGAAGACAUUCACGCCUAA